UGGAUGUGCAAUUAUCUCUUUCCGGCCGCGCGAGUCAACUCCACUGCGCUGUUCGUGCUGACUCUUCGAGUCGCCGACGUCGGGCGAUGCCUUUCUCUAAACUCCCACGAGAAGUCUCUGCUGACUUGAAAUGGCUUGCCUGGAAUGACAUAUGGGCGGCGGUGAAUGCGCGCCUUGCAACGGCUGGAGGCGGCUCCGAUGGGCUGCGGCAGAAGCGGCAGCGCCAAGGUGAGGAGGAUCUGCGGCGCAGCGCCGAGCAUGUGGCGCGCAUCGGAAAGGCCGAGGCGAUCCAGGCGGAGACCCUGGAGCGCUUCCAGGAGCAAGUGAAAGUGGUGGCGAAUGCCAGUGCGGAGGCUGCCUUAGAAGGCAAAUGGCUUCCAGCAGCCAAGGCUCAGCAAUUGGAGGCGCCCAAUGAGUUGGAGCAGCGGCUCUGGGGUGAACUGGUGAAGGGCAUCAAGUCAGCCGGGGUGGCGGUGAUCUUGCUGAGCCACGACGAGCUGCAGAAGGCGGAGCAGUUGCGCCUGGACUUCGAGGAUGUUUGGGCCAUGCACUCGGAGAGCCCCAACCUGGGCGAGUGAUGCCGGUGAGGCGGAACGAGUGCGACCCCUCACGAGUUUGGCGAACUCGGUGGCGUUCGGUGGAUGCUGAUUUUCGAAUGUUCCAUAGAAGUCUCCUGGACGAAAUUCGAUGGAAUCAGGUCAAUCAGGUUUCAAGCAAAGAGGUGGGGCGUAGAUGGCGCUUGGAUCAUUGGUGCGGAUGUGAGAUGAAGCUGUAUAUCCGGUGGAGAUGCCUUCCAAGACCCUUGGCGAGAUGAACCGGCCACAACAAAUCCUUGGAUUACUCCGAUACCGUGAACAGGGCACGUGACACGCUUGAGCCGAUUGACUGUCUACCUACUCCAUCCCACCUUUGAUUCCUAGGGGUGAUCACCCACAAGCUUAUGGCGCUAUGCAGCUGUUAUGCAGCCAAGUCUCACGUCUCACCUGUGCAUGUUGUCGCCAUCCGAUGCUGUCUGCCGUUGCCUUCAAUUUCAUUGACAACAGAAGAACAUUACAGAAUAUGAGAGGACUUCAUGUCCAGCUGGGUGCAGCCUCCGUGCAGUGUCCGCC